AAGCUGGUGACGUGGGGUGAGGGCAAGCCUGUGCCCUUCCGCUUCCUGGCCGACACCUUUGAGCUGAUUGCCGAGGAGCCCAAGCGCCUUGUGAUCACCCGCCACCUCACCCACGCCCUGCGUGCCGUCAUCGCCACCACGCCCGCCGAUCUGCUGCCCAUCGUCUACCUGUGCACCAACCGGGUGGCGCCCGCGCACGCGGGGGUGGAGCUUGGCAUUGGCGACGCCACGCUCAUAAAGGCGCUGGCGCAGGCCACCGGGCGCAAGGAGAGCGCCAUCAAGGCAGAGUAUGGCGAGUGCGGCGACUUGGGCCUGGUGGCGGCCAAGUCGCGCGGCAGCCAGAAGCCGAUGUUCAAGCCGCCGCCGCUGACGGUGCAGAAGGUGUUUGCCGCCUUCAAGGAGAUUGCCUCCACCAGCGGCAGCAAGAGCCAGGACCGAAAGGUGCGGUCCAUCGUGGGACUGCUGGCGGCGGCGGACCGCGAGGAGGCGGGCUACGUCAUGCGCCAGCUGCAGGGCAAGCUGCGCAUCGGGCUGGCGGAGCAGACGGUGCUGGUGGCGCUGGCGCACGCGGCAGCGCUACAGCGGGAGGGCGGCGGCGCGGGCGGGGCCAGCGAGGAGCUGGCAGGGCGGCUGGAAAGCGCGGCGCAGGUCGUGAAGCAGGUGUACAGCGAGUGCCCGUCUUACGACGAUCUGGUGCCCGCCCUGCUGGCGCACCCCAUCGCCGACCUGCCCUCCCGCGUGCACUUCAAGCCCGGGGUGCCCGUCAAGCCCAUGCUGGCCAAGCCCACCAACGGCGUCGGCGAGGUGCUGGACAAGUUCACCGACCGCGAGUUCACUUGCGAGUACAAGUACGACGGCGAGCGGGCGCAGAUACACGUGCUGGAGGGAGGGAAGGUCAAGAUCUACAGCCGCAACAGCGAGGACAACACGGGCAAGUACCCGGACAUUGCGGCGCUGGUGCCCGGGCAGCUGAGGCCGGGGGUGACCAGCCUGGUGCUGGAUGCAGAGGCGGUGGCCUGGGACCGACAGCACAACAGGGUGCUGCCAUUCCAGGUGAGGUGGCAGGGUGUGUGUGUGUGUGUGUGUGUGUGUGUGUGUGUGUGUGUGUGUGUGUGUGUGUACACUGACGUCACACACCUCUUUCAGUCCUCUGUCCUCCUGCCACCCACACGCACACGCCACCCACCCAUCCACCCACACACACACACCCACACACACAUGCAGACCUCCCGGGAUGUGGAGGAGCUGACCCGCUUCCUGGAUGAGUCGGUGGAGGCGGGCACAGAGGGGCUGAUCGUGAAGACCACGGAAGAUGCGUACGAGCCCAGCAAGCGCAGCAGCCACUGGCUGAAGCUGAAGAAGGACUACCUGGAGGGUGUGGGGGACACCUUUGACCUGGUGCCCAUAGGAGCCUGGUUCGGCAAGGGCAAGCGCACAGGCAUGUACGGCUCCUACCUGCUGGCUGCCUACGACCCGGACACGGAGGAGUACCAAACCAUCAGCAAGAUCGGCACCGGGUUCAGCGAGGAGCAGCUGAAGCAGCUGGCGGAGCAGAUGGAGGGGCUGGUGAUCCCAGACGCCAAGAAGUACUACAGGCACGUGCUGGGCGUGACGCUGAUCCCGGAUGUGUGGUUUGAUGCCAAGUCGGUGUGGGAGAUCAAGGCCGCGGAUCUGUCCAUCAGCCCGGUGCACAAGGCGGCCAUCGGGCAGGUGGACCCAGCCAAAGGCAUUUCCAUCAGGUUCCCGCGCCUGGUGCGGGUGCGCGACGACAAGGGCCCCGAGGAUGCCACCUCAGCGGAGCAGGUGGCAGAGAUGUACCGCAAGCAGGUGGGGGGUGCGGCGGCGGUACGGCGCCCUUGCAUCCCCGCCACCUCGCCAUCAUCGCCGGCGCUGGCCCCCUGCUGGUGCCGCUUGAGCCCACCUUCUGUCUGCCUGCCCUGUGUGGCUGCGCCCACUGCUGAGCAGGCCGUGAUGAACCAGGGGCAGAAGGGCGGCGGCGGCGGCGGCGAGGACGACGACUGA